AUGAUGGAGGUUUCCGAGGAGCACUACGAUACGCCGUGGGAAUUCUUGGCGAGACCCAAUUCGGUGCGAUUAUCGACGGCUGAUGUGAGAUUGUCGCACGCCGAUCAGACGUCGCUAUCGCCGCAAGGAUCGCCAUCGCUUUGCUCAUCGUCCUCAUUUGUGCAACAAUUAGUGAAUAUUGGAAAUUCGGCAGUUGACGCGCGAAGGCGUCAGAAUCGCGAGGAGAGCCGACGGCGAAGAGAGAGUUGCGAUGAUAAUAUUUUGGAGACGAAUGUGGAUCGAGUGGAGGCUGAGAAGAGGCUUGAAUCGCGGCCGCUUGGCGAUUAUCUGCUAAGGUCUCGAGGCGAAGGAAGCGCCGCGUUGUCAUUAAAGGCGACGAAAGGAGUGGUGCAUAUCAAAAUUGAGAAGAAUGGUGAUCGAUGGGUGAUAGAGGAAAACAAUAUUUUGCAGGAGAAGGUCCUUGCUUUCGCUCAAUAA